AUGGUGGAGGACAUCAACGUGGCAGUCCUAGGGCCCUAUCAGGGCGCACUUGGGGAUCUCAUGACCAUGGUGGAACCGGCUCUUGAGCUAGCAGCUCAAGAUAUUGAGAUGAGCGACUUCCUGCCAGGCUACCGCAUCAGGGUUCACCUUGUGGACUCAAAGUGUACCAAGCCCGAUGCGACCACAGCAGUAUAUGCGGCCUUCUCAUCGGGACCGAAGAAGCACAUCAUCAUGGCGGACUCAUGCAGCGCGGCAUGCGAGUCCGUCAACGAUGCCCUGCGCUUCUUUAACGUAAUGCAAGUGUCACCGGGCUGUGUCUCCACAACCCUCAGCGACUCAAGCCGGUAUCCGUACUUCACCCGCAUGGCGCCCUCCACACACUUCAACGUCGUCGCGAUUUACGAGUUCAUGAAAUACCUUGGCUUUCUGCGCGUGGGGGUGCUGUACGGGUACCGAAGCAUCAACAGCAUGAUGAAGGAAAGCUUCCUGGAACUGGUGGAGGCCGAUCUUCAGACAGGUAGCUAUUCAUGGACUAUCCUUCUCACAAGCCAAAUCAGCAACCGCGCCGACGCAAGUAGUUCUGUCGAGCUCUUGAAGAAACGGGAUUCUCGAAUCAAUUUCGUGGCCCUGUACGAGGAUCUCGGCUCAGUUCUGUUGUGCCAGGCGUUUCGGCAUGACAUCAUGCCGCCAGAUUUCAACUGGAUGGUCGCUUCAGGAUGGUGGAAUGCGAACUACAUGCCAUUGCUUGCCGAGACUCCUGAUUGCCCUUGCAGCAGCCAGGAGUUGCGAAGGGCCUCGUCAGGCCUUGUGGCGGCUGACCGGGGGCCCAUGCUAAGCACGCAGGACAAGCACGGCUUGUCUGGGCGACUGCUCUCGGACAUCCAUGAAAGGUAUACGGCUGGCUGCCAGCUCUACGCCAACGGCGUGGGCGCCUGCAACCACCAGUGGGCCGGCUACUUCUACGACGGCCUCUGGCUCAUCGCUUCCAUCUUGCAUGCCUACUUGGUGGAGCAGAACAAGUCAAUCAGCGAUUUGGGCACAGACUACUCCCGGGAGGCUUUGUACAAUCUUUCCCUGCAGCAAGAUUUCAUGGGUUUGACCGGCAGGGUCCGGCAGUUCAAUGCCAUCGAACCUGUCGCGAACCCACCCUCGCAUGGAGACAGGGAGGGCAUCAUCUUGCUGCGACAGGUAACAGGCUCGGCUGAGGAUGCCUUCACCGUCCUUGCACAUAGGUCGGCUGGCGGUCUCCAUUUCCUCUCCGACAUCCGUUGGAACCAGAUGAACAGCAGUCAGAGUGUCCCCUGUGCUGCGGGGGUUUGUGACCUCCAGGCAGGCUGGGUGCCAGCCGAUCAGGACAGUCGUUGCCCGCCUGGCACUGUUUGGGACAACGAACUUGGUUGUACAGACUGUCCAGCCGGAACCUUUGGCCACCCAUCAGCCACAGCCUGCUCACCCUGCCCUCUUGGCAGCUUCAGUAGUGCACCCGGAAUGCCCAGGUGUGAGGCUUGCCCUGAGGGCACCUCCGGCAUCAUCGAAGGGCUUGCGCGGUGCAUCGAUUGCCCCCUUGGGUAUUUCAUGAACCGUACUGGUGCCGUUGAGUGCAGGAAAUGUCCCCGUGACACUUACGGGGAUCGCCGCGGCCUUUCCAGUUGCAUCCGAUGUCCCGAGGGCAAGAGUGUGGAGUAUGAAGGCGCCACUUUGCCCUCGAUGUGCACAUGCAAAGGCUGGCUGUGGCUUGGCCACUGCCUGAUCUGCCCGUACGGCACUCGCUUUGACCAGGGAUCCUGUGUUCAGUGUGCCAUGGAUGAGAUCUGUGAGGAUGGCCGAGUGGUGGGGCAUUUGCCGUCGAAGAAGGAGUGGGAGGAGAGCAUCCAUAGCGCCGGGCUUUUGCUUGAGCUAUCACAAAGCUUGCCGAAGCAGCUCUUGUUUGUGGCUGCAGGUGUAAGAGCAGAGGAGAACCGAGCAAAGUUGCAUCAAGACGUGGCAAGGUUUUCUUGGACACUGGAGGCGCUGUCCUCGGGCAACAGCAUCCACGGAAUCAUAGCUGCCCCGACCAGCGAGGUCACCGAGGCUCUGUCCUUGACACAGGACCUAUGGGCAAACUUCAGCGCGGUUCUGGAGAGCCAUCCUGCCACCGAAAGCGUCUUGCAAGCCGCUUUUGAUCAGAACAUGCUCAUCCUCCAGGCUGCGCAGAAGGUUCUUCAUUCCCUGCUGGAAGCCGCGCAGGCUGCCAGCUCUUCACAGAGCCUGUCGGCAGAAAUCGCUGAGUCUCAGGAAAUGCUUGUUCAAAAGAUUUGCAAGGAGAGCCUCUUCAUCGCGGCAGGCAUUGCGGUGGACAAGGCUCGACAAAACCUGAAGACUGCCGAGGAGUUGUAUGAGUCGUCGCACACGACACUGGUUUUGGGACUGGAGGCUGCAAACAUCCCAAGGCUGAGGAACAUGUGCACAAUGCAUGCGAUGCGGGAUGUGACGCACUAUUACCAGCAGCUGCGCCAGAAUGUCCGAGUGAUCAUAAACGCACGCACGCUUGAGGAGAGCAUUCGCGUGGCCCAGAGCUUCCGUGGCGAAAUGUCUUCGGUGGUAGACCCUCUCUCCGAGGCCAUUUCCGUGGCUGUGGACCAUUUUGUUCACGACGAAAACCAGUGCGAUCACCUUGCCACAACCACCCGCCAGGAAUGGAUGCAACUGGCGUACGGGCUGGCGCGACAGCGGGUCUCGAGCCAGAAGGUUGCCCGGUUCUUCAUGCAGGUGGUGCAUGGGAUCGAGGUGGCUGCCAGUAAGGUCGACCUGGCCGUCAUGUUGUCAACAAAUAGCAACCGGCUGUUGGGACUGGUGCAAGGCAGCAAGGAUCUGGGAAUUCCCGCGCCUCCUACACAGGCGUUGCUCGACCAGCUCAUCAAGCUCCAUGUGGCUUGGGACCACAUGGAGGCGGUGCUCGCAGAUACUGUGCAUCAAGAUGAUAUCCCUGAGGUGGACGUCACAGAGGUGGAAAUUUACAAUGAAGAGUUUCUGGUUGACGCGGACAUCUGCAUGGAGCUACUCUCUUCCGUGCAUGGCUGUCCGACCCUCGAGGUCCUAAAUGUCACCAACCAUCAAUCUGCAGCCUUUGACAUGAUGUAUUUCCAAGCUGCUCUGAUCAGUUACGGCCAUGCCAGCCAGAAUUGGGACAAGCUCAAUCAUACCCGCUGGGCUUUCCAUGCAGGGCAGAAGCAGUUGCUGCAGGGCUCCGCCAAUGAGACUGGGACCUCCUUGCAGCCAGUAGACAAUGUAUGCAUAGUGAGGGCACUGGCUUUGGUCGAACACGCUUUCGAUCUUCUGGAGCAGGAGGCUUUGGCCGUGGCUGGUGGCGGUACCGGUGCGGAGGGAUUGAAGAGGAUGAUGGCGCUGAGUGCGGAAGGCGUCUCCUACAUGAGCCUGGCCUCAGAAGCCUUGUUGCAACACUACGAGAACCAGACAGUGGGUUGCGAGGAGCCGCUUCUGGUGACCACGGACUGGCAGCGACUGAUCGAGCACAUCGCCUUGCUGGCGGGUUUGAGCGAAGAUGCUUCGGCUGCUUUCCUGCUGCGUGCCAGCAGCGCAUACGAAAGAGAGCUCCAGGCGAAGACGGAGGAGAUGCACAGUGCCCUUCUGGGCAUAAAGUUUGGUGCUGCAAGCCUGUCCCUCCCACCGCCACCCAGCCAAGAACUGUUCGACAAGAGCGCCCACUUGCAGCGGCGCCUAGACUCCUUCCAGGCGGCCAUCGUGGAGGCUGACGAGGAUGCAGUCCUUGCUGCGGGUGAGGACCUCUUGGUGCAAGUGACCAGCAUUCAGGCGGAUUAUGUUCGUAUGGCGGUUGCCAGGCACCCCACGUGGCCAGGAACUCGUGUGCAGGUGGCGAGCUGGCAGACAGUCCUUGCCAAGAAGAUCUUCAAGGAGGUUCUGCUUUCAAAGAAGUUUGGAAGGCCCAAUGGGUUGGAUGCAACUUUGGCACAGUUUGAGGACGCCCACGAACGUCUCAGGCAUGGUGGCGGAGGACUCCCAGCAAUCAUCAAAGAGCGGCCAGACUUGUACGAGCAGUGGCAGAAAGUGGAUCCAAUUUGGGCUUCCCUGAAGAAGCAGGCGAUCUUCGAUGACAUCAGCCCAGGCACGAUUCAUGACACGGUGCGACAGCUGGAAGAGGAGUUGCAUGUCCUCGUGCUGCUCUGCAGCGUGGAGGAUGUCCCAAGCCCCGAGAAGGGUCCAGGCCCGGUGGUGGCCUGCUUUGCAGUGCUCAGCGGGCUGCUGGUGCUUUGCGCGUGCUGCGGCCCGUUUUUGGAGUCUAGGCUCGCCUUUAAUUCCUUAAAUUCCCCGUAG